CCUCCCCUCGUCUCUGCCUAUGGCGUGUACAAGCUGUAGUUGAUUCAGUGUCGCUUUCAGUUGAAUGAAUCAGAGUCAAAAUGUCAGCCGGUGUCAUGUUAAAGUGUUUACAUAAAGUUAGUAGGUAUUCGUUGGCGGUGUUUAGAGCACCGUUAGUCGCUUUGUACCACACAGAGAGAGGUGUUUUUGGGUACAGACCGCGGAGAGGAAAGCCGGAUGUCGUGUUACAGGAGCUGCUGAACACACACUCAUGUCUUAAUCAAGAUCAUGGCUUGGCGAGGUUGGUGGAGGCCUAUCGGACACAUGGGCACAAAGCUGCUCUGAUUAACCCUUUAAUGCCCAACUCGCCUGUUAUGGACAAGAUCCCAGAGAUCAGCAUCCUGAAAGGAAGCCUCCAAGGAAGCAUGAUCACAUCUGGUUUGAGGCACUUUGGGAAAGCGGAGGCCAGGACAGAGGAGGUGGUUGCGUACUUGGAGGACACCUAUUGCGGGAGGAUCUCGAUAGAAACCAGUCAGCUGGACAGUCUGGAAGAGAGAGUGUGGCUCGCUGAUCGAUUUGAGGAGCUGAAAAAGGAGAGCUUCACUGCUGAAGAAAGGAGACAGCUGGCAAAACUCAUGCUGGAAUCUCAGGAAUUUGACCACUUUCUUGGCACCAAGUUUGCCACAGUGAAGCGGUACGGAGGAGAGGGAGCAGAGAGCAUGAUGGGAUUUUUCCUCGAGCUUUUCCAUUCGGCUGCGAAGAGCGGCGUAACGGAUGUGGUAAUGGGAAUGCCUCACCGCGGACGCCUCAACUUGCUUACUGGACUUUUGCACUUCCCACCUGAGCUGAUGUUCCGUAAAAUGAGAGGUCUCAGCGAAUUCCCAGAGAACUCUCCCGCCAUCGGGGAUGUCCUCUCUCACCUCACCUCUUCUGUGGACCUGGAAGUCGGCGCUGCUCACCCGCUCCACGUGACCAUGCUACCCAACCCGUCCCAUUUGGAGGCCAUUAACCCCGUCACUCAGGGCAAAACUCGCAGCCGCCAACAGGUUAAAAAGGAUGGCGAUUAUUCCAGCGACAGCGACGCUAGGCCUGGAGACAAAGUCAUCUGUUUGCAGGUUCACGGUGACGCCUCCUUCUCCGGGCAAGGAAUUGUACCAGAAACCUUCACCCUGUCAAAUCUCCCUCACUUCAGAGUCGGUGGAAGUAUUCACCUUAUUGUGAACAAUCAAGUGGGCUAUACCACUCCGUCUGAAAGAGCCCGCUCCUCCUUAUAUUGCAGUGAUAUUGGUAAGAUGGUGGGUUGUGCCGUGAUCCAUGUGAAUGGCGAUGAUGCUGAAGAGGUCCUCAGAGCCACGCGGUUAGCUGUGGAGUAUCAGAGACUCUUCAGGAAGGACGUUAUAGUGGACCUGCUGUGUUACCGGCAGUGGGGACACAAUGAGCUGGACGAGCCAUUCUUCACAAACCCUGCCAUGUACAAAAUCAUCCGCUCAAGGAAGAGCAUCCCAGAUUCCUACACUGACCAGCUGAUCUCAGAGGGAUUGAUGACUGAAGAGGAACGCAGUCAGAUUAAAACAGCCCACUACUCCUUGCUCAGUGACCGUCUGGCCAACAUGACUUUCUAUAGCCCUCCACCCACCAACCUGCAGGGUCGUUGGCACGAUCUGACAGAGCCACAGAACAGAGUUUCCUCCUGGGACACCGGCGUGGCCGUUCCCCUGCUUCAGUAUGUGGGGGCAAAGACUGUGGAGAUCCCUGAGGAGAUCCAGGUUCACAGUCACCUCCUGAAGACGCAUAUAAAGUCGAGAUUGCAGAAACUUGAAGCAGGAGCUGCAUUGGACUGGUCCACCGCUGAGGCGCUGGCGUUCGGCACGCUUCUCUGUCAGGGCUUUGACGUGCGGAUAAGUGGACAGGACGUUGGCCGUGGUACGUUCAGUCAGCGUCAUGCCAUGGUUGUGUGCCAGGAGUCCAAUGACAUGUACAUCCCUCUCAAUCACAUUGACCCGCAACAAAAAGGGCAUCUGGAGGUGUGUAACAGCGCACUGUCUGAAGAGGCAGUGUUAGGUUUUGAGUACGGAAUGAGUAUUGAACAGCCAAAACUGCUGCCCAUAUGGGAAGCUCAAUUUGGGGAUUUCUUCAAUGGAGCCCAAAUCAUCUUUGACACUUUUAUCUCUGGAGGCGAGGCAAAGUGGUUGCUGCAGAGCGGCAUCGUCAUCCUGCUUCCACACGGCUAUGACGGAGCCGGACCCGAGCACUCGUCCUGCCGCAUCGAGCGUUUCUUACAACUGUGUGACAGUAGGGAGGAAGGCGUCGACGGUGACGUAGUAAAUAUGGCCGUAGUGAAUCCAACAACUCCGGCUCAGUACUUCCACCUGCUAAGGAGACAAAUGAUCCGAAACUUCCGCAAACCACUCAUCGUGGCAUCCCCCAAAACACUGCUGCGUUUUUCUGGGGCAGUGUCGAGCUUGGAGGAAAUGGGACCUGGAACUUCCUUCAAGCCUGUAAUCGGUGACACCUCUGUAAAUCCUGAGAGUGUGCAGCGAGUGCUGCUCUGCUCAGGCAAGCACUAUUAUGCACUGCUGAAACAAAGAGAGACCAUGCCUGAGGCAUGUAAGAACACGGCGCUGAUCAGAGUAGAGGAGCUUUGCCCUUUCCCCACAGAUGCCCUACAGCAGGAGCUCAGCAAAUACAGCAAUGCCAAAGAGUUUAUCUGGAGCCAAGAAGAGCCACAGAACAUGGGGUGCUGGUUUUUUGUGUCUCCCCGAUUCGAAAAACAGCUUGCCCGUAAGCUGCGGUUAGUCAGUAGGCCUCCUCUUCCUGCUCCUGCUGUGGGUAUCAGUACUCUUCACCAUCAGCAGCAUGAGGCCAUUCUUACAGCCUCUUUCUCCUGAUACGCAUAAAGCCCUAACCCGGCUUUGCCCAGUGUGGCACCUGACGUACGGUACAGCUGCAUCAGAGCAAUUCUCCCAGUCAGCAUCUGUGCCACAAUUUUAUUUUAUGUAUUAAAUGAUAUUAAAAUGAUCUACAGUGAAGAGUCAGUGAAUGCUGGAAAGUAUUCUGUACUGUUUAAAAGUCUUUUAAACUGAGAAAUGGUAUAGAACAAAAUGUUGGAUUUAUAGAUAGUGUUAGAAACAACCUACAAACCAAACACCUGCGGUGGUGCAAAGUAUUUUAAAUCCCUAACAGAUUUUAUAUUACAGAAAGCAAUCCCAGAAACGCCAAUACUGUUACUUCGGUUCACAUAGAACAAUAGUAAUCUUUACAUGAUAUAAAGCAGGUGGUGCUAAAUUGUACAAUUUUCUAUCAAUGUUCCAUAAGCAAGGGCUACAGCAGUGAAAGUUUUCACUGCCAUGAUGUUUCUCCCUUUUAUAAUGUGUGUGUGUGUAUGUAUGUGUGUGUGUGU